AAGAAAGUGACGUUUCAGGACGAGGUUAAAAAUGAAGCUCCAAAAACUCCAAAAGCUGACAAACCCAAAAAGGAAGCAGCCGAGGUCGAGGGGAACAGCCCGCCAUCCGGCUCUCAGCCCACCAUGUUGACGUGGAUCAGCGGAGCUCUGCCUCAACCUCUCUCACCUAAACUGAGCCGGGCCAACUCCACCACCCAGGAGGAGAAUACAACAGCCAGUAAACCUGAAGACGAGAAAGGGAUGAUCGCUUGGCUCACUCAGGGUUUGGAGAAAGUAGUUCCUCAUCCUCAGGCUGAGCUGAAGAGUAAAGAGUCACCACCAGCUGAGCCGCCCGCUGAGGUGCAGCAGCCAGCCGCUCCACCAGCACCAGAGCCUCAGGUGGUCACUGUGGUCCAGGUGGCACCAGAACCAGACCGGGGCCAAGACAAAGACCAAGACCAAAACCAAGAGGACAAAACUGACAACAAGCCUUUCCCACCCAGGAUGAUGGACUGGAUAAAACAGGGAAUAGAGAAGGUGGUUCCUCAGCCAGAGAUCCAGGUCCGUCCAAAGACAGACGACAACGAGAAGAGUGACACUCCCGCUUCCACUAAAGCUGCAGCUCCACCUGCAGCACCAGCAGCUACUAAACCAGCCGCCGACCCUGAGAAGUCUUCUAAAGAAGCAGAGCAGCAGCCCAAUGUUGUGGGCUGGAUCGUCACUGAGUUCAGUCGCAUGUUACCUCAGCCUGUACCAAAGGACGCAGCCAGUGAUGAGUUGCAGAGCAUCAGCAUCACACAGAAGAAGACAGACCUGGUCCUGGAGGACAUCGAACAGGACGGGGACAAGGACACAGAGCAGCACAAGAAGGAGACAGAAGAUGCAACGAUCCAGAUGGAGCAAGUGACUCCACUGAUGGAAAGACUGCAGCAGGACCGUCUGGAGGCAGCCCGUGUCGCAGAGGAGAUGGCUAUGAAGGCAGCGGAGGAGGCAGUCCGCCAGCUGGAGGUCGAGCAUUCAGCAAAGAUCGUCAUAGAAACACUGCCAGAGUCCAAUGAGCAACUGCCCAACAUCCUGGAGGAGGAGAACGAGGACGACCCAGAGUUGCAGAACCUGCAGGAGGACAGUGACGACAGCACAGACAAUACAAGUCCUGUGGGAAAUAAAGUAGCGGUGGAAAAUAUUGAGGAAGACAAAAAACCUGACGAGGCCGACUUCAAAAGGUCUCUACUGGACGUCUGUCCGGCUGCAGAUGAUGCUGAGGCCAAGACUCAACCCACUGAAUCUGAACCAGCAGAGGAAGUCACUCCAUCAUCAACAGAUGUGGAGCCAGCAUCGGAGAGGAGAGACCUGGAGAGUCCGGUCACCCAACAACCAGAAGCUCCAGGGGCCCCGACCAUCACCACAGACCAGGAUGAUGAAGCAGCAGAGGACGAUGGAUGUGGAGGGAGCUGUGGGCGGAGUCUGGGUGAAGCUCCGCUGCUGAAGGUGCAGGACGUGGAUCCGGGAAGAGGCCGGAACAUCCCCCAAAUUAUCACAACCCCAGAACUGGAGUCCAUGAUUCUGACUGUCCCUGACAUGGAGCUGUCGAAACUCAGUCAAGCGGCUGAGGAUCUGAAGGCCUGGUCCAGUCAGGGAGACCUGCUGACUGCAGAUGAAGAGACACGUCCUCUGUCAGCCGCCAGCGUCGGUAGCGUCGUGAUCCAGGACCGUCUGAGUGAGCUCGUCAGGCUGUUUAAAGGUCGAACAGAGCGGCAGAGAGACCGGCUGGUGGACCCAGAUGAGUCUGAAGGGGAGAGUCCCUCAGCCUCUCCAACCAAAGCUCCACCUCCCCCUCCUCCCCCACCUCCACCAGGGGAGGAGAAGAAGGAAGAGGCUCCUGCUGAAGCAGAAGAAGAAGAAGAAGAAGAAAAGUUGGGGUUCAGCUUUGAACUUUUAGGACACCCCGUGAAACUUCCCAAACUGCCCAAACUUCCCCUGAUGCCCGACUGGCUCCGAGCCAUCGUGGAGUAUCGCUUCCCCUCCAGCAUCGACCCCUUCACUGACCUGAUCUACGUGAUCUGGCUGUUCUUCGUGGUGGCGGCCUGGAACUGGAACGUGUGGCUGAUCCCGGUCCGCUGGGCGUUCCCCUACCAGACCCCCGAGAACAUCCACCUGUGGCUGCUGGCCGACUACACCUGCGACUUCAUCUACAUCACAGACAUCCUGAUCUUCCAGCCCAGACUGCAGUUCGUCCGCGGAGGAGACAUCGUGUGUGAUAAGAAGGACAUGAGAGAGAACUACAUGACCACAGAGAGGUUUAAGAUGGACAUCAUCAGUCUGUUUCCCAUGGAGAUAUUUUACUUCUUCACCGGAGUGAACUCUCUGCUGAGGUUCCCUCGGCUGCUGAAGUACAUGGUUUUCUUUGAGUUCAACGACAGGAUGGAGGCUGUGAUGAAGAAAGCCUACAUCUACAGGGUGAUCCGGACCUCCACCUACCUGCUGUACUCUCUGCACAUCAACGCCUGUCUCUUCUACUGGGGCUCAGACUACGAAGGACUGGGAUCCACCAAAUGGGUCUACAACGGGAGAGGCAACGCUUACAUUCGUUGUUAUUACUUUGCCGUGAAGACGCUGAUCACCAUCGGAGGUCUGCCGGACCCCACCACCGUCUUUGAGAUCUGCUUCCAGCUCAUCAACUAUUUCGUUGGUGUCUUUGCGUUUUCCAUCAUGAUCGGUCAGAUGAGAGACGUGGUCGGAGCAGCGACAGCCGGAGAGAACUACUACCGUGCCUGCAUGGACAGCACCGCCAAGUACAUGAACUCCUAUAACAUCCCCCAAGAAGUCCAGAACCGCAUCAAGACCUGGUACGACUACACCUGGAAGAGCCAGGGCAUGCUGGAUGAACAAGAGCUGCUGGUGCAACUUCCUGCCAAGAUGAGACUGGACAUCGCUGUGGACGUCAACUACGCCAUCGUCAGUAAAGUCGCCCUGUUCCAGGGCUGUGACAGACAGAUGGUGUUCGACAUGCUGACGAGGCUCAAGUCCGUCGUCUACCUGCCCGGAGACUUCGUCUGCAAGAAGGGGGAGAUCGGCAGGGAGAUGUACAUCAUCAAACAGGGGGAGGUGCAGGUGGUGGGCGGUCCUGACCUGCAGACGGUGUUUGUCACCAUCAGAGCCGGCUCGGUGUUUGGAGAGAUCAGCUUGUUGGCAGGAGGUGGAGGCAACCGACGUACUGCCAACGUGAAGGCGCACGGAUUCGCCAACCUCUUCAUCCUGGACAAGAAGGACCUGGCAGAGAUCCUGGUCCACUACCCAGAGUCCCAGAAACUGCUCCGCAAGAAGGCGAAGAAGAUGCUGACGAAGGACAAGAAGCCGGAUGAGAAGGAGGGAGGUAAAGAGGUGGAGGUCAUCCCCCCCAGACCGGACACCCCCGAGAUGUUCAAGGCAGCGCUGAAGGUGACGGAGCAGGCGGGACUGGAGGGAACCUUUGCCAAACUGAAGAAGACCUACAAACCGUCUGAGAGCACAGGAGAGGCUCCCUCCUCCAUCUCUCCGCUCCCCCCUCCCUCGCCGAUGCACCGCCGCUCUCCGAUUCCUCGCGCUCCGGUUCAGGACGACGACGACACGGUGGCGGAGACGGCCGACAGCUCCGUCAUCAUCAGGAUGACGCCGCGACAUCAAGGGGAGGAGGUGCUUAGUGUGGAGGUGGUGCCGGGGGAGGGACGGGAGGAGCAGCACUGAGAGGAGGAGAAGAAGAAGAAAGGGGAGGAGGAGAAAAGGUGAGGGGGCAGAUGUUGCUCCUACUCCACCUGCUGCGUCUUCUAGUAAAACGAGUCCCUCUGCUUCCCAGAAUGCCUUUCACCGACCUCCAGAGAGGGGAGGGGGGUUUGAAGUGGAGGUGGAGAGAAAAUCAAGAAGCCCCGGUGCAUUCUGGUCUCACAAACUUUUCUCUGUUUCUUCUUCUGUGGUGGUUUUAGUUGUUAAAUAAAAACAUGUUUUCUUCCUCCUCACAUGAUUAGCUCAUUAGCUUAAGGGGCUCUUUAGGGAUCUUUAGAGGAUGUUUAGGGGAUCUGUAAAAGGAUCUUUAGGAGAUCUUUCGAGGAUCUUUAAGGGAUCAUUAGAGGAAUUUUAGGGGUUCUUUAGGAGAUCUUAAGGGGAUAUUCAGGUGAUCUUUGUUGGAUCUUUAGGGUAUCUUUCGAGGAUCUUCAGGGGAUCUUCAGGGGGGUGUUUAGGGGAUCUUUUGAGGAUAAUCAGGGGAUCUUUGUUGAAUCUUUAGGGGAUCUUUCGAGGAUCUUAAGGGAUCUCCAGGGAUCUUUGGGGUGUGUUUAGGGGAUCUUAAUGGGACCUUCAAGGGAUCUUCAGGGAUCUUUACAUGAUCUUAAGAGGAUCUUUUGGGGAUCUUCAGGGGAUCUUUGUUGGAUCUUUAGGGGAUCUAAACAUCAGGGUCACAGGCCAGAGGCAGCUCAGAGAUCCUCAUCAGUGAUAUUUCAGGUAGACCUCAGCCAGGCUGCAGUUCUCUGUCUGACCACACACACUGACUGACACUCACCAGCCAUUUGAACACAGAGGGGCGCUGUUUCCCCUCAUGGGAGGAAGCUUAAUGACAAACACUGAAGAAAACAAGUGAAAACCAACAAAAUAAGAGUCUGUUGUUAAAAUCACAGAUCAUGUGUUCAUGAAACUUAAUUUCCCAGAAUCCCCAGCUUCUGUUCUGCAGCUUUGGUGCUUCUCAGCACAGCCACUGACUCACUGUGGCCUUCACUGAGCUGAUUUAACUUUAGAAGCAGCUUCAUGUUGAAUAGAGAUGAUGAUGACGUCUUGUUUCUUUUUACUGAUAUAAAAUGAGACUGAUCAUAUGUGGGUCUCAUGUUAGUGGUCAGUAAAUGUGUAGUGCUCAUUGAUGAAUCUGCUGAACGCUGUGUGAGGACGACUGUCUCUCUCCAUCCGCUGUGAUCGGUCUGUUGUUUCCUGUUUCCACUGUGAACUGUUCAAUAACUGUCGGACACAAACAGAGCUCUAAUGACCGUUAAUGAUUUAACUCCAGCAGUUUCCAGGUCAUUCAGGAUCAUCUGUGUGUGAGGACCAGUUUUCAAUCUGAUCAGGGUUCAUUUUAGGGCCAGGACGAGGGUUUAAUGUUAAAGGGUCAGCUGGUUUGAGCUCCUAGGUUAAAAGGUUCAUCAACAGCUGGAUUUAAAACUGAUUUCAAAGGAAUCACUGUGAUUGGUGGAUUGGAUUGUGGGUGACGUAAAUCUGUGGAUAAUCUGAUGCGUCGAGUUCAACUUUGGUAAAACUUUGACACAGAAAUUCACAGUGUUGAGACAAUAAAUCACUCUGUCAGAUUAUGGAGAUAUCGGGGAAAUAUUUCUCACAGAAUAACAACCUGGAGUCACGCACAUUGUUUUAUUUGGAUCAUUUUCCAAAGAAUUUGCUCUAAAACUAUAAAAAAUACUUUGUCAUAAAUAUUUAUAGCCUCAUGAUUUGCCAAUGUAGGUAUGUUGCAUCAUUAAUGCUGCUAGAGGGCGCCGCUGAGCUUUCUGUUGAGCUGCAGGGAGAUUUGUAGUACCUCCCAAGUAUGGAAAUGGUAUGUGAGUGUGUGUGUGUGUGUGUGUGUGUGUGUGUAUACAUAAAUCGGGAAAGGCUUCAGGAAGCAGAGGAAGCACUCAUUGUGUCAGUCUGAACUGAGGGGAAAGACAGAAAACAAGAAAAGGCGGGAAAGCAGAAACAAUGCAGAGCUGAAAGCUGCUGCUGGACACAGGAAGCUUCAUUAUCACUGCUGAUUACUGAGAAUAGAAGAAGAAACGUGUAAGUCCACAUAUCUGCUGGAGCUCAUAGAGCUGCUCUGCUGCUGUAUGUUAAACGCCAGGAAGAUUUAAUGUAUUUCUACUGGAGUGAUGACGGCGCUGUAACAUGUACAAACAGUUUGUAAAU